UUCAAUUGUUACCUUAGUUUAUGCGGUUUGUAAUAUUUGUAUGCUGUGUUGAAAAUAUAAAAAUUAAUGCAGAAUUGAAUCAUUAAGAGUUAAUUUGUUAAAAAUGGACAAAGGCAUUAUUAAGCCACUGUUUUCUCAACAUUACAACUUAAAAUGGACGAAUUACACCAGCAAUAUCCUGCAAAUGUUUGCGGAGCAAUUUUCCAAAGAAUCCUUUACGGAUAUAACUUUGGCUUGUGAGGGACAAUAUAUUAAAGCCCAUAAGAUGGUGUUGUCUGCUUGUAGUCCAUAUUUUGAGGAGAUGCUUAACAUGUACUUAGUUCCUCAUCCAAUGGUUGUGAUGAACGGAAUUAAAUUUGCUUUACUGAAAAUAUUAGUGGAGUUUAUGUAUCAUGGUGAAGUUAAAGUAGCUGAUGAAGAUUUAAGUAAUUUGUUGGAGUUGGCUGAACAGUUACAAGUCAAGGGACUUUGUAAUGUUCGAAAUAAAGAUAAUAAGGAUAGUAAGCAAGAACUUGAACCUGAAGAAAACACAAGCUCAAACACAAACAAUCGAAAAAGACGUAGAACCUCUACUACAUCUGUUACUGAAACAGUUAAAAAUCAAAACAAUUCAAACCAAGGACAUACAAAUGAAGAUAACAUUAAAUCAGUUGAUAAAUCGAAAACAAAUUCAAAUGAUGAUAGAGAUGAAAUAAAGACUACCGAAACCAAACUGAUUAAGACUGAAAAACCUUCUUGUAACCAAUUGCAAGAAACAACAGAAAACAAAACACCGAAAAGUUAUAAGGUUGCUUCAGCUGAUGCAGUACAAGAACAAAGAGUAAAACUUGUGCCUCCAGAUUGUUUACAUGAAACUUUAAAGAUAAGAAGACCUCAAAAUGCAUUUAUGAUUUUCGCUAACGAAUUUAGGAAAAAAUUGGCUUCUGAAAAUCCAAGUGAAAGUAAUAAAGACAUAUCAGUACGUCUUGGUAAUAUGUGGAAAACAUUGCCUGGCAAUGUGAAAGCUAUUUAUUAUUCUGCAGCUAAAAAGGCAAAUGAUGAACAUAAAACCAAAUAUCCAGGAUACUACUAUAGUCCAAAGGAGGCUCGAUUAAGGAAAGAAUUAAAGAGUUCGGUAUUUAGAAAGAAUAAGUCAAUGGAGGCUUUACAGGUAGUUCAGUUAGUAAUGGGUGAUGUUAGUGAAGAUACACCUCAAUUAGUGUAUACUGAGUGUGCGGAUCCAGAAUAUGAUGAGGUUGAUUUUGUUCAUGAUAUAAAAGAAGAAGAAGAGGAAAUGUUAAAUGUAUGCGAUUCAAGUACGUCUGUUAUGAAAACAAACGCGUCACAGUAAAGUGUUUCUUUUUUAAAUUACUUAUCAGAUUAACAGACGUUUACAUUUGCACAGCAGCAGUAUAUCAUAUUAAAGCAUAUUGUGCAAAUUUUGCAAUUUUGUACCCAUUACGGUUUUACUGCAU